AUGAGCCCAUCCAGCACGGGGACCUCUCAGUCUCCCCUGACCCCAGCGCAGACCGGGCGCCUGCAGCAGCUGUGGACGCUGCUGCUGCACCUGGCCGAGGCCUCGUCGCUGGGCGCUCUCGAGCAGAUUGUCCGCGCCAACAGCUUCGACCCGACCGCCUCAUCAUCCAUCUCAUCACCCUCGCCUGGCCUGAAUCGUCGCAACUCGCUUUUCGGACGAUCCGCCAACUCCGCUCGCUCACGAGAGAAGAGAGCGUCUGCCUCAGCCGAGUCGAUCUACCAUACGCGCCUCCUCCAGUCCUUCCGCGAUGUCGGCCUCACCGCUGCCCAGCUCCGCAGUGUCCGCCACUUCCUCGCCCGCAUGACCCCGGAAGACGUCCGGUUUGGAAUCUUGACCGCGGCGAAACACGAGAACCCGGAUACUUACGUCCUUCGCUUUCUUCGUGUCUCGAAAUGGGACGUGAACCAGGCGCUGGUCCAUUUGCUCGGUGCGAUCGUCUGGCGGCUGAAGGAGAUGCAGGUGGAUAAUGUGCUAUUGCCGAGGGGAGAGCUCUUCGCUGCGGAGCAGGAGAAGGAUGGUUCGGACCCGUAUAAAGCAGAGGACGCAAGGGGGUUCUUGAGGCAGUUCCGUGUGGGCAAGGCUUUUGUGCAUGGCGUCGACCGCAUGAACAGACCGGUCGCGACGAUUCGAAUACGACUCCAUAGACCGGGCGCGCAGAGUGAGGCAGCGCUCCACCAGUUUAUCACGCACUUGGUCGAGUGCACUCGGUUGGUUAUGUCGCCUGGUGCCGAGAGUGCGGAUUACGGCGCCGUCAAGUUCAUCAUCCGUUGCUUCGAGAUCUACUACCCCGACAGCGUCGGCCUGAUACUGAUGCACAACGCCCCGAGAGUAUUCAGCGGCGUCUGGAAGAUAAUCAAGCCAUGGAUGGCCCCAAGGAUGGUCGAACGAAUCCACUUCACUCGCUCCGUCAACGACCUCGAUAAAUUCAUCGAUCGCGACCAAAUACUCGCCGAGCUCGGUGGCGACGAGGACUGGGAAUACGAGUACAUCGAGCCGCAAGCCGAGGAGAACCUUCCCAUGACCGACUUUAUCACUCGAGACGCACUUCUUGCCGAGCGACAGUCGCUUGGGGAAGAAUUCCUCUCGGCUACAUCGCGCUGGGUCUCGGCGGCUCACACUGGGGAGCUGAAAGAGAUAAAUGAGGCGGCCGGCCAUCGUGAGGAAAUCACCGAACAGCUCCGAGUCAACUACUGGAGGCUGGACCCCUACGUUCGAGCCCGCAAUAACCUCGACCGGACCGGGGUUAUUCAAGACGGCGGCUUGAUUGAGAUGUACCCCAUGUCCCAGCCCCAGACCCCGCUGGGAGUCAUCCAGACCGCAAAGGUGCUCCAGGUCGAGCAUGUUCGUGGACGAGUCAAGGUUGUCAAUGUCUAA